CAGUCCUAUAUUCUGCUUUGAUUGUCUCCUAUCUUUGUUUCUCCGGGAAAUGGCUGAAAGAAACUUUCCAAAUUCAGAGGGGGAACAAUACUCUGCUGGGCUUCUGCAGGGUUUCAUGCAGAAGCUGUGAAAACACACUGAAGGAGAGGGAGAGAGAGAGAGAGAGAGAGAGAGAGAGAGUGCAACUCAUUGUUCCGUGUUUAGCUGAACCCGUUUGGCUCAAGGUAAGGAAGGAAGAUCUGAUGGUCUUCUGUAAGAGCUAGAACUCCACAAAAAUUUUUAGCUGAACUUGACUCGACCCGUUUGGCUCAUCGAUUCAUUUUCACGUUCAGCACUUAAACAGAUGACACAGUUGAGUUGCACGAUGAAGGCAUGCUCUGAAUGUUCGAAGAAUUGCAUCCUCAUUCCUCAGCUGAAAGCGGAAUGUGGAUCGUCAGCUGUCACAUCAUUUUUCAAGGUUAUGUUCUGCGACAGCUAUUCUGAACUCAUGUACCUCCCUCCAAAAUGUAAUGCUUCACUCUCAAAACUGAUUAAUCAGAAGAUCAAUCUUGAAGAUUCUCACGGGCACCGAUGGCCAGUGAUGAUCUCGAAAGUCGAUGGAGCUCUUGCUUUUAAACGAGGUUGGAAUGCUUUUUUUUUAGACCAUGGCCUGCAACUUGGUGAUUUCGUCUUGUUUUUUUACUUGGGCGACCACCUCGCUGUCAAGAUCUACGACAAAACUGGCUGCGAAAAACUCGACUUUCCUAAUAGCAAUGCGAGCAAGAAAAGAAGAAGGCCCAAGAAAGGAUCCAAGCCCAUUCAUCCAUCCAAACCCAUUGAUAGGAAGAGCUUGAGCCCCGCCGUUGUUACUAGAUUGACUGAUGAUGUAGUGGAAGUAGUGCCGCAGAACGAUAACCCUCCAAAUUGUACUAAUGGAAGGUCUCAAGAGAAGCCAAAAGAAUGUGUAGAAGACUGGUUCAUUGUGUCAGAUCCAGUGACGAAAAACAAGCACGUAGAAGAUCGUAGACUCUUAUUCGAUUUGUCUGAUUUUGAAAUGAACUUUGACAUCCUCUGUGCCAGCGGAAGCAAAGAGACCACAGUUGAGAAUGAUAACCUGUCGCAAGAGCCCAAGGUAGGAGACAAGCUCGAGAUUGAAGUCCCGGUAACAAAUCAGCCCAAUAUUGGAAUCUUCAAGACAAAUGAUGUUGCUACUGAAGAUACCGAGCACAGGAAGGCACCUAAAGAGCCCGACAACCUAUGUCACGUGUCUGACUCAGCUUCUCGCAACAAGCAAAAGUCUGAGCAUCAGUUACCUAAUACUGUGACAAUUGCACCAAGAAAUGAGAAGUCCCAUAUGCUAAAUGCGGGUAUAAAAGAACUUAAAGAUGCCAAGGAAAGAGGUGCUUCUGCUGCAUUUUCAGCACCAAUUCCUAUUAAAAUGGAGUCAGAAGAGAGAGGGCUCAAACUGUAUAUUCCGCCCGAGAGAACAAGUGAAGCAUUGAAAGCUGUGGAGAAAGAGCCCUUCCAAGUUUCUCCAAACAUGAGGUCCCUUUCAGAAAUUAUUCCCAAAACAUACGUGUCUCCACUGAAGAUCGAGCUGGAAGCUGGAAGUCUCGAUAUAGUUCCCAUUUCCUCGUUAUCAGAUGAUCCAAUUGAAGUCUUUGGAAUCGCGGACAAUCCUUUUUAUAUUGAGCUGCCAUGGAAGUUAGCACAAGGAAGAGGAAAGUCCAGGCAUCGGAAAAAGGUUAUCGCCCUUCAGGAUCCACAGAAGAGACUGUGGCCGGUCGUCUACUAUGAGAGAUCCGAUCUCAAAAUUCUGACGACCGGGUGGAAACAUUUAUACAAGGCAAACGAGAUUCAACCCGGUGAUAAGUGCGCCUUCAAACUCCUGAACAAGUUGGAAUCCAUAUACGCCGUCUCAAUCAUCCGAGAGCCCGCACCACUCCUGCUGCCUGCCCCAUGAGCCUGGAUUAGACAACCAGCAGAAAGCCGAUUCGUGACUCUCUCUCUUUUUGUGAAUAUAUUAAGAAACACCAGUUGAUCUACUAAUGCCAGACACAGGACCUUUCGUGAGGAGUUAGGUUGGUUUGUUAUC